GAGCUUUGAGUAUGUACUUUCAUUGAGAGCAAUUUCUGGCCAUUCGAACUAAAGUGUUUUAUUUCGAUGGUAUUUAUAAAAUUAAUUUUCUUGUGUAUUUCAAACAGACGUAUUUCAAUUAAAGUAUUCCGACUUUCCAAACAAAAACACACAUAUCUCGGUGGGAAAAUUUGAUACAACAAUUUCGAUGUGAUUCAAUUUGAAUCGAAAGAAAAAGUGAAACCGAUUAAAAAAGACGAACGCAUCGCAAUUUUGUCGACCGUGGUCAUUUUUCUUUCGUUCUACAUGCUGUGAGGCUUGAUACCGCCAUUGAAUGAAUAUGGAAAUGAAUACUAGUUUGAAUCGAAGUCUCACCAAUUCACAAAUAUAUGACGGCGAAUUUUUUGAAGUGGUUGCAAACGAAGGCGAUAUUUUAGUGGUUCGAUGCAACAUAUGCACACCCGACGGCACUGACGGUCAACUACUGAGAACGUCGGUUAAAUCAAACGGCAAUAUCUUGAAGCACAUCAAGCGGCGACAUUCUGAUUUGUUGGAAAAAAUCAAAUCGGCAAAGAGUGUAAAAUCGCGUGCACCCAGAGCCAUUAAACGCGAUCCGGGCAUGGAUGAAAUUAAGUCGUACAAGAAGAAAGUGGUGCAAGUGAAGAUAAAGAAGACGGAAGAUGAAGAGGAAGAGGGUGAAACACAGGUGUACAUCACAAAUGAUGAUCAGGAUUCGUACAACACUGGAAAUGAGAUGUAUGUCAUUGAACCAUGUGAAUCGACCGAAUCCGAUGGUGAAGAGUACAUGGAGUUUGAGUUGGAACACAGUAAAGUCGACGAAAGAAGCAUUGAAUCGAUCGAAGAGAGUGGUUCGUUGAUCAAUCAAGAAUAUGAAUACAUCCGAAAGCCACCGACCAAGAGAUUACGUGAAUCGAAUACGUAUGAAGGAUCAUCACCAUCAUAUAAGCGGACGCCAGUCGAUCGUUCGCUUAUUGAAUUCCAGAAGAAACUCAUGCAAAUGGAAUUUGACGAUAUAAAAAAGCUUCGCCACGAAAAACACCAGCUAGAAAUAGCGAUUCUUAAGGCUGAACUCACCAACAAAACAUUGGAACAUCAGAAACAGAUGGAACUAUUGAACAAAAAACUGCUACAUGAGUAGAUAGAAUUAUCGAAAAUCGAUUGGACGAACUAAGAAUGCUUUUUAACUAACACAAACACACACACACACACACACACACAAAUUUUUUUUAAACCCAUUCUCUUUGAAUACCCUUGAAUCGGCGAACUGAACGUAUUUCUCGUUAAAUUGUAAGAAUAAAGAAUAAAUUUGUGUUUUUCUUCCUUCUGGGGAA